UUUUUCUUUGUUCAUUUUUCUUCCUUCUGUUCGUUAUUCUUUUCUCCCUUCAAUUCUUCCUUCACUUUUUUAUGCUUCUCUCCCUUUUCUCCCUUCAAUUCUUCUUUUUCUUCCGCCUUCAAUUCUUCAUUCAGCACUCCCUUUUCUUCGCCAUCAAAUUUUUCUUUAUAAUCUUCAUUCUUUUGGUAAUUAACACCUUCUUCCUUUACCUCAACCUUCUCUUUAUUCCCUUCCUUAACUUCCCCAUUUUUUGCAUCUUCAUCCUUAAAAUCCUCAUCCUUUUUUUCUUCAUCAUUAAACACCAACAUGUUGCUGUUUACAUGUACGAGCAUGUAUGUUGCUUGUUCGAUUACUGCGAGAUAAAUUUAAAAACAAUAGGUGGACUUACUUUAUGAUAACCUCAAUACAAGAUCAAUUCGAUUUAUGAUGUGUUUUUAAAAAUUUGGAUGAUUAGGGGUUGGGGGGAGCUGCUCAAGCGAUGCUCUAUUUCAGAAUCCCCUCUAUAAGGUACGGUUUUUUAUAUUUUUCAGCCCGAAAUGAUUAUCUUAUAGUGGUGGCUGGCUCAAACUUGGGUUGGUUGGGGUGGGGCGAUACCCUUCUAUUUAAGGUACCCCUCAUUAUAAUAGUGAUGCUCGGGUAUCCCUACUCCCGAAUCGGGAAAUUUUCCCGCGUUUUUGGCCUCCUGACUCCCGAGGUCAUUUCCAGGCCCGACUCAUUUCCAGGCCGACUAUCUUAUAAUAGAGUCUGAUUUUAAUAUAUUUUUUCUCUUACAUUGUUUAGCUCUAAUUACACGUUCUUUUAUUUCGUUAGCUUCAUUUCUCAUGGUACUUAGAGAUAAUCCAUUAAUUAAUUUAUCCAUUUUACUCAAAUUAUGUUUUUUUAUUCUUAAAAUUUCAAUUAAAUCAAGUCCCUUCCCCUCUUCAAUAUCCAAAAUUCCCAUUAAUUCAAAUUUAAUUUGCCCCAAUUUUCGUUGAUAUUUCCACUCUUCAUUUUCUCGUUUUUCCCUUAAUUGUUCUUCUGCAAUACACAAAAAUGGCCAGAAUUCAAUUAUUCGAUC